AUGGUCAUUAUACCCUCGAGGGAUGCAAGGACUCCGCACGUACGUACGUGCGGACGGACAGAGAGAGAAAUGGAGAGACGGACUGACAGACGGACAGAAGGGGAUACCACUCACAACAAAAAACGUGUUCAUACUUGGGUGCUGCGCCGUGCAGGAGAACCGAGGUAG